CCACUUUUUAGCAGUCUCUUUCUGAUUUACUUGUAGAGAGAGUGAGUGAGUCCAUUUUGAUACCAGUUGAAAAUGACACAUCUUUCACGUCAAUAUCAUAUAUAUCUUAUGAUGAACUUUCUUGCAUAAGCUUUGGUAGCUGCUGAGCCAAUAGAAGAGAAAAGAAAAGAAAAAGAAAAGAAAAAGAAAAGAAAAGGAAAGGAAGAGAAAAUGUUGUGCAGAAAAAAUUUGAGUUGUGAUGAAGAUAAAAGAGGAUCAGUACCAGUUUACCUUAAUGUUUAUGAUCUAACGCCCAUUAAUGGCUAUGCUUAUUGGUUUGGACUUGGAGUCUAUCAUUCUGGUGUUCAAGUUCAUGGGAUUGAGUAUGCUUUUGGGGCUCAUGAGUAUCCAACAACAGGAAUUUUUGAAGGAGAACCAAAACAAUGCGAAGGAUUUACAUUUAGGAAGACAAUUUUGAUUGGAAAAACAGAUAUGGGUUCUGCAGACGUAAGAGCAUUAAUGGAAGAUCUAGCAGCGGAAUAUAAAGGAAAUGCUUAUAAUUUAAUUACCAAGAACUGUAACCAUUUCUGCAAUGAUGCUUGUAUUAAACUUACUGGUAAUCCAAUUCCUAAUUGGGUUAAUCGCCUCGCUAGAAUUGGAUUUCUAUGCAAUUGUGUUCUUCCUGCAAAUUUAAAUUCGACGAAGGUUCGACAUCAUAGAAUAGAAGACAAGGUUGAAGAAACAGAGAAGAGAAAAUUAACAAGUGGAUCCAACAGAUUUACAUCUUCAUCUAAUUCAUCAUCCUCUUCUUCAUCAUCUCCGUCAAGAAACCAAAUUCGGGGCAGAAGUAGAAGUAGACGACGCGCACUUGCACCAUCUUCUCCAUUGAUUUCAUCACCACCCUGAUGAUCAUAAAUAUUCAAGAAUUUAAUUUUUGAUUUCUUGAAAAUUUUUCCAAAAGAAAUUAUUAGUAUUAUUUUUUUUCUUGGGAUUUAUUUUUUAUGGUUCUAACAUCUUCCUGUGAUAUGCAGCCAUGCUAUAUACAUGUACAUUUGUAUGUUUUGAUUUGGCAAGUGAUGUUAUAUGUCCCUGCAAUAUUAUCCAAAUUGACCUCAUUUGGUUUGGUUUCUUGCA